CUCAAAUUGAGACAAUCACGAGUGAUUUUGUGCAGUAAACCGUAUAUAUAUAGAUGGAUUAAAAAAGGAACAUCCCUUAAGAGGAGAGACAAUUAUUAAUCAAUCUCUCCCUAAAAUUUUAAAAGUAAAAUAGAAAAAAAAAAUAAUGUUGAAUAAUCUGAAACAAAACUGAGAAACUAGUACCCCUCAUUUAAUAAGUUGAAAAAUGCUACAACUACCUUAUGCUAGUCGCUAGAUAGGGCCAAUAUUUGACUUUUUCUUUCACACGCACCCAUACGUUGUGUGUGUGUGUUUUCUCAGUAAAAGAAAUGGCGAGGUCCAAUAAUUGCUUCUUCAGCCUCACGGCAUGGAGAAGCCGGUGGCUGAGAUCCGCCUUCCGCCGGUGGGGCCUCCGCCCCUCCUCCACCGACCUCGGCGACGGCACCGUCAUCCACUGCUGGGUCCCCAAGGCCCGUGACCCGGCCCGGCCCGACCUUCUCCUGCUCCACGGCUUCGGGGCCAACGCCCUGUGGCAGUUCUGCGACGCCGUGCCCGCCCUCGCUCCCCGCUUCAACGUCUACGUGCCGGACCUCCUCUUCUUCGGGGAGUCCCGCACGGCCCGGCCCGAUCGGAGCGAGGGCUUUCAGGCCCGGUGCGUGCGGCGGGCCCUGGAGGCCCACGGCGUGGCGGCGGUGGCGGCCGCGGUGGGGCUGAGCUACGGCGGGUUCGUGGCCUACAGCUUGGCGGCGGAGGGGUGGGUGGGGCGACUGGUGCUGUGCUGCGCGGGGGUUUCCCUCGAAGAAACGGAUCUGAAGGGGGGGCUUUUUCCGGUGGCUGACGUGGAGGAGGCGGCCGCCGUGCUGGUGCCGCGGACGGCGGAGAGGCUGAGGGAACUGAUGGGAUACACCUUCGUCAAGCCGCCCACGGGACUGCCCUCUUGUCUGCUCCACGAUUUCAUUCAUGAAAUGUGUGAGCAAUAUGUUGAGGAGAAGAAAGAACUGCUUCGUGCAAUAGCAAAGGACCGAAAGCUUUCUGACCUUCCCAAGAUCUCUCAGCCAACCUUACUUGUCUGGGGAGAUAAAGACCGCAUAUUUCCCAUUGAACUUGCUCAUAGAUUGAAAAGGCACUUGGGAGAGAAUGCUGAACUAGCGGUGAUUAAAAACACAGGACAUGGUUUCGUUCACGAGAAACCUAAGGAGUUUAACAGGCACUUGAGAAAUUUCCUCUUGAAAAAUCUCACGUCUCCUAAUAUCUCUAACAACUUAUACAUUCCUACUAAUCACGAAAAUGGAAGUUCAUGAGCAUUAAUUGUUGUUUUGCUGGAAUUUCAAACUGAAAUGACAAAUUAUUCAUGGCUAUUGAGUAUAUUAAUCCCAAAUUAAAUGAUAAUUGAUUAAUGUAAGAUGCUGUACAAGUUGAUGAAGAACACUUUGUCUUAGGCAAGUUUGUAAUAAUUGGUAUUAGGAGUUGUUGAAGUAGUUCCUGCUCUGUAAUGUUUGUCUUUAGAAUUGUGAUCCAUCAAAGUGUCAUUNGGACAAAAAUAAAAA